CUGGUACCCGGUCAUCAAAUUUGACAAUACCUGUAACAGUAACAGUAACCUUAUUACUCAUUAUACACAAGAGAACAAAAUGAAAUGAUAAUUAGAGCGAACAGACACAGGGCAAACAGGUGGAAAGUAGUUGUUGAUUACAAAACCAAAGAAGAUGCAUAUAACUAAAGUGAAAAAGAAACAGUAAUUCAGAGGAUGAACAGUUAACUUUCUGGAAUCUGAAAUUUACAAUAAUAAUAUAAACUUAGAAUUAUAUUCAAUAAAAGGAACUGGAAAUUACUUUAAUGGAAAAUUGGAGAACAUAUCUACUCUAGCAUGCAAAUUAUGUUUCAGGAAUAUUUAUUGUUUACAUGUUUAACUUUAAAUACUGUGUUUAGGAUUUGUCCUUCAAUCUCAACAAAGACUGAAUAGUGGCAUAUUUUUCAAGUUUUGGUAUCCCUCCUGCUUUAAGUUCUGCAAAUGAUUGAAAAACACGUUCAGCAUUUGAGUGGAGUUGCCAUAUUUCUAUGUUGUGUGCUUCAGUGCAAUGCAGUAGGGACAAGAGACAGAUUGUAUUCUAAUGGAACAAGUACAAAAUGCAUGGGCAUACAAUGUCCUAAAAAUCACAUUUUUAAACCAUGCACAGAAGGGGAUGGCUUAAGAGAUUCCUGUGAACCAUGUCCGUCAGAUCGACCUGUCUGCAUAGAAUCAUUUGAUUCAUCAAAGUUUUCUGAUCCACCAGUGCUUUUUGUGUGUAAGAAUCCAACAGAAGAAUGUACAUGCAAAUCUGAUGAGGCAGAAGUAAUUAAUCAAGCAGAGUGUUAUGAAACAUUGAAACCAAUUUGUCAGUGUAAAACAGAAGCUGGAUAUUUUGGUACCAAUCCAGAUUUAUGUGAGCUAACAAAAGUCGAAAAUUGUCCUCCAGGGUAUUAUUUGUCUUUAAAAAAUGGUGUAUGCCGACCAUGUGGUCAUAGCAUGUACAAAGAUACAAUAGGAUUUGAAGAAUGCAUUCCACAACCCGAGUGCAAGUCUACAGAAGUUGUUCUUUUUAAUGGGAAUUCAACCAAAAGAAGAACUUGUAGAUCCACAAUUGAUAAAGUUACAACUCCAGAGUUACUCUAUCAAAACAUGACAACACAAGGUCUAACCAAGGAUGGGCAAAAUGUGAGUUCAGUACCUCAGCCAACAGGAUACAAUGAAACCACUACAACAAAGCAACAAAAAGAAGAUAGUCCUUUACUGACUAAACAACACAUUAUUAUUUUGUCAGUAGUACUACCAUUGGUUGUAAUGAUAUUGGUAUUAGUUGUAAUUUGUUGGUACUGCAGAAGGACAAAGACUAAAAAGAGGAUAUAUAAUUAUUUACAUGAUGUAGAUCCAGAAGAUCAGAAAGACAAAAGCUGUACCUUUAAUCAGGAGAACUCUGGAUAUUUAGGAAAUAGUGAAAGAAAUAUAAGUGAUGACAUGAACAAACCCUCAAUGAAACAUGAUUUUGGAAUGAAGUGUGAAAAUAAAGUUACAAGUCCUGAUAAUUUUAGAGACAAAGAAUCAAGAUUUAAUGCAGCUAAACAAGACAGAAGUUGUCAGUAUUGUGCUGAAAUUAAUGAUCCACUAUCUCAAAUUUGUGAGUUUUCUGCUACAGAUAAUGUAAGACAUCAUGAUAGCAGGACUUAUUCAGACUGUUCUGAUUCUGAUAGGACUAUUGAUACAGUUGAGGAAGACUUGCAUAAUCAGGCUCCUGUCUUCAAUUCCAGACAUCUUGGGGAAAGGUAUGAACCAGAUGGUCAAGAGGCAGAAACAAUCACCAAGAAAGAGACAAAACUGGAUGAAGUUAAUCAUGAGACAUUUCCAAUGUGCAAAGAAGACAAAUCUCAGGUCAAAAAGGCAGAAGGAAACCCUAUGUGUAAAGAUUUAGAAAGUUUGCUUGAAUCAGCACCUCAAAGCUCAAACCCGCCCACUUUGUCUAUUGGUUUACAGAGAACCCAUCCAAUAAUGAACAAUCAACAUCCACUUAUCCAGAUAAACUCAACAGUUCACCCAGACAGUGGUUUGGGCACUCAGCUUCCAUCAGCUGGUAUGGCAGAAUUAAAUAAUCAACCAAAUCUGUCACUAAGCACCUUUGAAGACAAUUAGAUUAACUUGAAGAAACAGAUUCUGAAGCUUAAAUGAUUUAAAUGCAUGUGAAGAACAUUAUUCCUUGAUGGAUUAUAUUUUAAAUUUUAGAAAUCAAUGGCUGUAAGGUUUAUGCAUCUCUCAGUAUUAAUAAUACCACAUAUCGGUAUUAAAUGAAAGAGGCUGCUCAGCUAUGUGUUCAUAUGAACUUAAGUUAAAAGAGUUUUUUGAAAACACCAAAGAAUAGUACAGCCAUAAGAAAUAUUCUGAAAUAGAAAUAUCAUAAUCAUCAUUGUUUUUUUCCUCGAAUAUUACUCCAUACUAAACAUUCCUUAUUCUGUUGUAGAUGCUGUUUCUGCUUUUCUUAUUUUUCAUUAUUAUUUUUCCAUUCCUGUUGGUUUUUAUAUGCCCCCGCCGUAGCGGUGGGGGGGAAUUAAGUUUUACCCUUAUCCGUCUGUACAUACGUCCAUACGUCCCAAAACUGGUUUCCGUUCUCUAACUUUAGUUUGCCUCAACCAAAUGUUAUGAAACUUAUACACAAUGCUUAUUACCACAAAACACAGAUCAAGUUUGAAUUUUGGUGGCGUCACUUUAACAGUUUUAGAGUUAUGCUCCUUUAUAAAUGGAAAAAUUGCAAAAUUUUUAUUUUCUUCUAAAUAUCAAGUAAUUUUUAAAAUUGGAGUUAUCUUCCUUUGUCCAUGAUUAUAGUUGAAUCAACUACAAUCAAUGCUUUAUACAAUGCAAUGUUUAAUUUUGACUUCCACUGAUAAAACACAGAUCAAGUUGAAUUUGGGUAAUGUCACUUUAACAAUUAUUGAGUUAUGCCCCUUUAUAAAUCGAAAGAUUGCAAAUUUUUUAGUUUCCAUUCUGUAACUUAAGUUUGCCCCAACCAAACAUUAUGAAACCUAUACACAAUAUUCAUAACCACAAAACUAAGAUCAAGUACAAAUUUUUUGUUUCCGUUUUCUAACUUUAGUUUGCCUCAUCCAAAUGUUAUGAAACUUAUUCACAAUGCUUAUUACUACAUAAUACAGAUAAAGUAUGAAAAACUGGUGACGACACUUUUACCAUUCUUGAGUUAUGUCCCUUUAUAAACAUAAAAAUUGCUGAAUUUUUAGUUUCCGUUCUCUAACUUUAGUUUGUCUCAACCAAAUGUUAUAAAACUUGUACACAACCGUUCUAGAGUUAUGCGUGUUUACAAAUAGAAAAAUUGCUGAAUUUUUAGUUUCUGUUCUCGACUUAAGUUAGCCUCAACCAAAUGUUAUGAGACUUACAUACAAUGCUUAUUACCACAAAACUCAGAUCAAGUUCAAAUUUGAGUAGCGUUACUUUUACCGUUCCUCAGUUAUGUCCCUUUAUAACUAUAUGAUAUGCAAGCGGGGGCAUCAUCUGUGUCCACAUGUGGACACUAUCCACAUUUAUUAAGUCUUUCAUUAGCAUUAUUCUUAUGUUAUAUAUAGAUACCAAUUGAUUGAUACAUAAUCCUUGUGGCCUCUAGUUUUAAAGUUGUCACAUUGAAUAGGUAACUUAAUUUGUCAUCAUUUUAGUUUUCUAAUCAUGAGAGUAUAAAUAUAUAAAGUUGUGAAAUGGAGUAGAUAAUUGUCAGUAAUUUCUUUUGUUUUUUUUUAUACGGGUUAUCAGGUAAUUUUUAAAGUUGUCAUAUGGAAUUAUGGAAUAGGUAACUAAGAUCUGAACACUAAGAGAUUAAACAUAAUCAUGAUUCAAUGAUCUUUAUGUUUUUACAUGUUUUAUCUUGUGUCAUACUUCAUCAGUAGUAAAUUUCUUAUAUGUGAAGAAGCUUUUGGCCAUGUGAUGUAAAUUGUUUUUAUCUUGGUUGUGACUGGUCCAAAUUUAUUCAUUUUAGAACUAAUUAAAAAUUAAUUAAAUAGAGCGAAGAAGGUAAAGAAAAAUGUCAUAGCCAAACGACCCAAAGUAUAAUAACAAAAAAAUGGAAUCCUAUCCUAAAUCUCUCUAUAAUCAGAUUUUCAAGCAUUUGCUUUUGAAGUUAUCAGACAUUGUCAGAAAGAAAAAAUAUUUUUUUUAAUAAAAUUUACAUUAUUCAAAUGUCAGAAAAUUGCUCAAAAUUUACAUUAUUUAAAUGUCAGAAAAUUGCUCAAGUUUACUUUGACCACUGACAAAGGAAUCUCCCCUCCCCCACAAAACAAAAACUACUAUUUAAGACUAUAAAAGUCCAAAUUCUAAACAAGUCAAAGCAUCAUGACCCAAAAUAACCUGAUCAUAUAAGCUACAGUCAUGGUUAUAGUCCAGACAGGUAUCUUGACCUCACCACUAAUGUGUCCCUCACUCCUAUCCAUGCAGUAUUAUCAUCAGCAUUCUGUGAAGUUUUUCUUUUCAUCAGAUGUAUUAAUUGGACCAUUGAUAUUCUUUAUUCUCUGGAAAAAGCUGAUUAAGGAAGACUUAAAGGCCUGUUAGUUUAAUACAUGUACUUAAAUGUUAUUUUUUUAUUGAUUAUGUUAGUUCAGUAUUUAUGACAGAUGACUUGUGUUUGGUAUGCUGUUGCAUUAAGCAUAUUUGCAUCUUAAUUGCAGGCAAAACAUCCUAUUGUUCAUGAACCAGAGACAUGAAUUAUUACUUUGAUACUUGUGAUAAUAUCUCAAUAUAUCAAAAUCUUGAUGAGGCCUGACCCUUUAGUGUUAUAGAUGUUUAGUUUGUAAUUAGGUUAGUUUGAGAUUAGGUCAAU